GUUUAGACUUUUUUUUUUUUUUUUACUUUUUUUCACUCAGGGAUUUUCCACAUGUAAGCGUGGGGUUCGGGGGGUGAUCUUUUGCAGGGCCAGACUAAACGCCUAGCCUCGACGAUUAUAUAUUGGGCUUCGGAAUGUCCGUGUAAAUGGCAUUCAGGCGAUGCCCAGAAAGGUGGUUGAUGGUCGAGAAAUACUCUAUUCAUAACCCACUCUGCAAACAUGCAUCACCUACCUACCUUUUAUCGACAGGGAUCCAUCUUUGCUACAUUCUGCACCAUGCCCGAAUCAGUGGUUGCAUGAGGCUUGGAUGGAUACUUGGCAACGAUACCAGGACUUGAAAGAUCAAACUCUUGAGAUGCACACUAGUAGGUGGAAGAGAAGUACUACUAUUACUAAACUUGGGAAAGGUUGGACGAAACCGAGGCAGAGAAACACAAGUGGAGAAUUUCCGAGAGCGGCUAAAGUCUGCCAACUUUUAGGUUGGAUACUUUAAGGUAUGUAUAUGACUCUGAAGCCCGUGCUAAAAAGAAAGGCAAACAAGCUUCUUUAGUCAAACCAUAGACGCCCUCUUACCCUUGCUCAAACCACCACCACAAAACAAUCCUACACCAACAAUGGCAACAGACACCAAGGAGCUGGCCAAAUCUUACACGGCCAACAAUGCCACGCAGCAAAACGCGGGCCUGUUCCUCAUCGACCGCCUCGCAAUCAGGCCGGGCAUGCACAUCCUGGACGUCGGAUGCGGGCCGGGCAACAUAACCGCGCACCUGGCCAAGCUGGUCGGGCCGACCGGGCGGGUGGCCGGCAUCGACCCGAGCAAGGAACGCAUCGCGCUGGGCCAAGAGCUGGCGGCCAGCACGGCGCCCAACGCCUCCUUCGCCGUCGGGCGCGCCGAGGACCUCUCGCGGUUCCAGGACGCCAGCUUCGACGUCGUCUACGUCAACUCCACCUUCCACUGGAUCGCGGACCAGGCGGCCGCGAUGCGCGAGUUCAGCCGCGUCCUCAAGCCCCGCGGCCGGCUGGGGAUCUCGGGCGGGUCCGGGGACACGGGCUCGGCGCAUAGGCGGAUCAAGGCCGAGGUUCUGGCGCGGGAGCCGUUUUGUCGGUAUCCCGAUGCGGAGGACGAGCCGAGAUUCCUGCGGCGCGACGAGAUGGAGAGGCUGCUUGGCGGUGCGGGCUUUGACGAGUAUGACAUGGUCGGGAAUACCAUCGUCAAGAUGGUCAAGGACGGAAACGAGAUUAUGACGUGGUUGGAUGCGAGUUCUUCGGGGAGGUUGUUUGGUGGGAUCCCGGAGGAGCUGAAGCCGCAAGCUAGAGAGGCCAUGAGGGUGGAAUGGGAUAAACUGAAAACGGACGAUGGGAUUAAAUUGGAGUUGGAUCUGCUUGUCACGGUUGCUACCAAAAGUUGACCAGGAUGAAUAUUAGGAC